CAGCCGUGUUUGAAAUUCACUUUCUAAUAUGGAUGGGAUAUUAUUUGUUAUAGGAACUGUUUGUUCCGACGAGGUGCUCGCAAAGUUGAGCAGCGUCUUCGCUGCAUGACACGGUAGCCGCUCAUUGGGACCGACGGGCAGCCCCCGCUGACCCCGGCUAACGCGUUAGCCUGCAAGCUAGCCGACUUCCUUUUCGGAGAGGGAGGUUCGCAGGCGGCUGGAGGUGAUUAGGCCCCAUCCUAAACUGCGAAGCCGCGGGCUGGCGUCAUGUCGGAGCCCAAGGCACCCACGCCGACACCCGGGGACACGUACAAGGGCUGGCUCUUCAAGUGGACUAACUACAUAAAGGGCUACCAGCGGCGAUGGUUCGUCCUGAGCAACGGCCUACUGUCCUACUACAGGACGCAGGCAGAGAUGGGGCACACCUGCCGGGGCACAAUCAACCUGGCCACGGCCAACAUUGCCGUGGAGGACUCGUGCAACUUCGUCAUCUCCAACGGCGGUGCGCAGACAUACCACCUGAAAGCAAGCUCGGAAGUAGAGCGCCAGCGAUGGAUCACUGCCUUAGAGCUGGCCAAGGCAAAGGCUGUGCGCAUGCAGGCCGAGUCUGAUGAUUCGGGAGAUGACUGCCCUCCAUCGUCCCCCCCAUCGGCGGGACAGGCUGGGGGGGCCCGUAACGCGGAGGUGCAGUCAACACUGCGCACGUUGGGGAACAAGGUGGAGGACCUGAGCACCUGCAAUGAUCUCAUUGCCAAGCACGGCUCUGCCCUGCAGAGAUCCUUGUCAGAGCUGGAAGGGGUGCGUCUGGGGGGAGAUGCAGGAGACAAGAUCCGGCAGGUGACGGAGAGAGCCACGCUGUUUCGAAUCACGUCUAACGCCAUGAUCAACGCUUGUAGGGACUUCCUGGCUCUGGCCCAGGCCCACAGUAAGCGCUGGCAGAAGGCCCUGCAGGCAGAGCGGGAGCAGCGCGUCCGCCUCGAGGAAACCCUGGAGCAGCUGGCCAAGCAGCACAACCACCUGGAGAGAGCAUUCCGGGGGGCCACGGUGCUGCCUGCCUCGCUGGCCAACACCCCCGGAGAUAGCAAAGGGUCCGUGCCUGGAAAAGGGGACGUGAGUGACGAGGAUGACGAAAAUGAAUUCUUUGACGCCAUGGAGGAUGUACCAGAGUUCAUCACCGUACCUGCUGACCCCAAGUACCACAGAUCGGGCAGCAAUGUCAGCGGUAUCAGCAGCGAGAUCGGCAUGGAUGAGCAGUCGCUUGACGAACAGUCGCUGGCGUCCAAUCCGGAGUCUCCCCAGCCGCAGGAGGUGGAACCAGUGCGAAAGAGGCGGACCCGCAUUCCAGACAAGCCCAACUACUCGCUGAACCUGUGGAGCAUCAUGAAGAACUGCAUUGGCAAGGAGCUCUCCAAGAUCCCCAUGCCCGUGAACUUCAACGAGCCGCUGUCCAUGCUGCAGCGCCUUUCAGAGGACCUGGAGUACUCUGACCUGCUGGACAAGGCGGCCAAAUGCCAGAACCCCCUGGAGCAGCUGUGCUACGUGGCAGCCUUCUCCGUCUCGUCCUAUUCGACCACCGUGCACCGCACUGGAAAGCCCUUUAACCCACUCUUGGGGGAGACCUUCGAGCUGGACCGCGUCAAGGAGAGUGGCUACCGGUCCUUGUGCGAGCAGGUGAGCCACCACCCCCCAGCUGCAGCCCAUCAUGUGAUCUCUGAGCGAGGAUGGACCCUGAGGCAGGAAAUCGCCCUGGCCAGCAAGUUCAGGGGGAAAUACCUCUCAAUCAUGCCCCUAGGAACUAUCCACUGUAUAUUUGAAAAGAGUAACAAUCACUACUCCUGGAAGAAGGUCACCACAACCGUGCAUAACAUCAUCGUGGGGAAGCUGUGGAUCGACCAGUCCGGCGAGAUCGACGUGGUGAAUCACUGCACUGGAGACCACUGCCACCUCAAGUUUGCCCCUUACAGCUACUUCUCCAGGGAUGUGGCCCGGAAGGUCACAGGCGUGGUGAGUGACAAGGAUGGCAAGGUGCACUUCGUGCUGUCAGGCACAUGGGAUGAGAAGAUGGAGGUGUCCCGCGUGAUGCAGAGCAGCCGAGGAGGUGGCGGCGAGAAUGGGACCGACGGUGCGGGCACGGGGCUCUGGAAGAAGAACCCACUUCCGGAGGGGGCAGAGACCAUGUACUACUUCUCAUCUCUGGCACUGACGCUGAAUGAGCCGGAAGAGGGCAUGGCCCCCACGGACAGCCGGCGGCGGCCCGAUCAGCGGCUCAUGGAGCAGGGCCGCUGGGAAGAGGCCAACGCGGAGAAGCAGCGACUGGAGGAGAAGCAGCGCAGCGUGCGGCGCGAGCGGGAGCGGGAGGCAGCGCGGGUGGCGGGACCCACCGAGGACGGCACCCACCAGGACAACUACAAGGCGCAGUGGUUUGAGCGCACGGAGGACCCCAACACGGGAGAAGUCACCCAUAUCUACCAGGGUGGUUACUGGGAGGCCAAAGAGCAGGGCAGCUGGGGGACCUGCCCCGACAUCUUCUAAGCCCACCGCCAGGCGACAGAGGGCCAGCAGGCCAAGGAAUUCUUAACCAUGAUGAUCCCCACCCCACCCCCCCACCUCCACUGCCCCAGCCAAGCUGCAGCUCAUUGCCUCUGCUUUUGGUUCUUCUGCUUGAGGGAGCAAGCUGACUCUGUGUACAUGUUAGCGACCCCCUGGUAUAGUGUCUACCCCCCCCACCCCCUCCGGCAGCUCUAGUGUCAUUAUUAAAUAGCAGGUAUUUACCUUUGGACGUGACUUUGAAGCAGUCACUGUUAAUGUGAGACUGCCAAGCUUUACCCUUUGUCACCUCUCUGCUGUGUGUGUGUGUGUGUGUGUGUGUGUGUGUGUCACUCGCAUGGGUGGGGUUAGCUUAGGGGUGGGGGGUGGCCCCCUUGUGUGCAGGGUUACAUUAGGGUUAAGGAUGGGCCCCUUCAUGUGGGUGGUGUUAGUGAUGGUUUGAGUAUUAAUCAUGGGGGUGCACUCCCCACCCCUUUUCAGCCCCUGUAGGAUCUCACUUCUACUGCAGUCUUCAUACACAUUGUAUGUCAAUGAUUUGUAGUUUUUAUUGAGUUUGUUUUACUUCUGUCCGCUGCAUCUGAAGGCUGACACCCUUUCUGCCCGCCUGGAAUCUGGAGAGAAAUGCAGUCUGUUUAUCACUGCUGGGCUUCUCCGUAUCAGCCUGGGAGCUUAGAGAGAUGCAGUGUUCCUAUGGAGAUGGCUUGCUGUCACUAGGUAGUAACUGUAAGGAAACAGCCAGCUGGGGCUUUUUAAAUGUAAAUGAUUGACAGUUCCCUCCCACCUCGACAUUUUGUUGUGCUUUGGAUUAGAUUAGAUUUACGCUGCUAAUGGACGUUUUUUUGCCUCCUGCUGGCCUCCUUUGGUACAGGCGAGUGUCCAGUCAGCAAAAACACUUAACAGCGCCUUGGCACCAGGCACCGACAGCUGGAUGGACGCGUGUGUGUGCGUGCGUGCGUGUGUGCAUGUAAGUGUAGAAAACACUAUCUGUCACAAAUGCUUUCCAUUUGUGUGUGUGUCUGUGUGUGCGUGUCUCUGUUCUGAUGGGCAGCCAGAAAUCGUGGGAAGAUGGGACUAGUUCUGGUUGAGGGUUUGUGAGUUUGUUCUGAAAACGAAACAUUUUAUUUUCAAGUGUACUUAAGAAUCAAGAAACCAAGAACAGAAGAAGAAAAAUAUUGCAAAUAUUUGUGUAAAUAUAAAUUAGUAGUAUUAAUGAGUGUAAUAAUAACAGUAAUACACUUGGGAAGGUUAUUUUUGAUUCUCCUUUAGUUCAAAUUUGCUGUCAGCCUUUCAGGUUUUUUUUUUUUUUUAAUCAAACAAUGGAGCAGUGAAGGAGUGUAACAUUCCCUGAAGUCACCGUCAUUCUAUCCCCUCGUCGUUCCCAGCAUCCCAUUUCAGUGAACUGCCCUUGUCCCAUUCACACUCCUCUGCGUUUGUGUGUUGGGCCCCGUCCCCUUAUUUCUGCUUAAUUUACUUUGUGAUCACGAGAUGAAUAAUGGCUGUCUUCAGGCUUCUCUCGGUCUCCCUCUUCCUGAUCAUCUCUGUAUACUCUGACCAUGGCGGGGGAUGCGACAGGUGUAACAAGGGACAUGCAAUCAUGCAAAUAAACUUUGAAAAAGCUCA